AGGAUUUUCUGUGGGGCUCAGAAAUUAUGGUGACCCGUUGUGAAUCGUUAUUAUUGUUGGUGGGGCACUGAUCCCGACCCAAGCCCGGAUGAAAUAGAAGGGUUUAUAGUGUUGGGUAAAGUGUUCCUCCUUGCCAGAUAGCUAGCAAGGUAGCUAGCCGCUAGCCAUAACGGUUUAGUGCGCAGGGGAAUGUGACGUUACGGCGUUCAAAAGUGGUGCAUUUUCAGUUUUAUUUUUAUACAGAAAAGGGGCAGUGUAGUGUAAACCACAGGGAAUAAAGAGCUAAUAUUGCUGUACUGGAGAUUUACUGAAAAUAUCUUGACAUAAUUCUUUUGUCAAGGCGAAAAUUGACAAAAUGUGAUUUGCUGUGAAAUAUGUCAAUCAAAUCUAUAAUCUGAGGUACAAAUAUCGGAAAAAAAGAAAAAGUCUCAAGAACUAUGUCUAAAGAUUCUCUGUAAGACAAGCAACAGGACUUCUGCCUUCAGCAAAUCUGACGGGGGAAAUGGCCCUUUGUCUACCCUUCUCAACGAUGACAGCUCCCAGCAGACGGCUCCCCAAGAGACCAGGUUUAGAACUUCGUCUGUAUCCUGCGCACCUCGUCAAGAAGUGGUCCUGGAUCGUGUUCGUGGUGGUCCUGGGGUCGUUCCCCCUUGCCUCCAAAGGACACUCUGACGUAGAGCUGGAGAUGGAGCACCUCAAGGCGAGCGUGGAGAGCCACGGCCAGUCACUCCGGAAUAUGGAGCACUACCUUCGGAAGACCAACCAGUUCUGGAACUGGUACCAGUCCAAUUAUAAGCGCUUGAACAAAAUGCUCCAGGAUGGGCCAGCCCCUCAACCGGUGCAGGGCGUAGCUCCCGAGUCCUUGCAACUGCAGAUGGAGGCGAUGAUGAACUCUGUGAAGGCGCAGUUUCAAGAGGAGCUGAAAUCUUUGAGAGAGGAAAUGCAAGCUGAAAAGGCAGCCAGAAGUGUCCUGGAGGAGCAACUGAGUCAACAGAUAAGAAAACAGAGCCGGGACACUUCUUUGCUCCAGAAACAGAUUCGGGAGCAAAAGGAGAUGCUGCAGGAGUGCCAGUCCUCCGUCAGGAGUCUGGAGGAGAACCAGGUGGGUGUCAAUCGCUCCUUAGACAACAUCGUCAUGUUUGUCAAGAACAUAGCCGCAGAGACGAACAAAAGUUUAGAGACUAUGCAUGAGAAGUUUGAUAGGCUGCAAGACGCUGCUCAGGCGACUCCCGCUGGCGAAGGAAUGGUCGAACUGAACGCUGAAGUUGGGAGACUGAAGAACGAUAUACAAAGACUACAGCAGGCGACCAGCAACAACAACAGGCUCCUACAGGACUCCGCGACAAAAUCCGACAUAGACCAGGUCAUACGAAAGGUGGGGGAAAUCGAGGCGGAAACCAGGAAGAUGGAUGCUCAGCUGACUACCUUCAGCCAGGAGUCCAUGGAGAAGAUGGACUGGUCCCUCCAGAAUGUCUCGAGCAAGAUCAACCACCUGGUCCAGGCCUUCAUCUUCCCACUGGAGGGCGAUGUCUUCAAGAUGAGGGAUAACGUCACACACCUGGAGGAGGGGUCGGAGAUACGCAACCAGAAAAUUCAAAACCUGCAAGAAGAGGUCAGAAGACUGAGGCAGAAGGUGGACAGCCAGAAGUCCCAGAGCGGUGGAAACACUGAUUCGCGGUUGACUGAGCUGGAUACCCGGGUGGGUCAGCUGCAAGGAAUGGUGAGUCAAAUAGAACCCAUCCAAAGUAAUUUGGAUGAAGUAAGGAGACAAACCCAGCAGAGAGGACGCCUCAUAAGUGUCAUGAGACAGGAGACUGCGGAUCUUCGACGUGACAUGGAACGAAAGAUGUCCCAACUGGAGACUCGCAUCAACAACCCAGAUCCCGAGAAGCCCCAAGAUGGCAAACCAGUCAGGGAGUCAGGCAAUAACCUCACUGCCUCCCCUGGGGACGUCAACUACAGCCCGAGCUACUCGAGAAUAAACUUCCCGAGCGGGCCGGACGGUGGGCCAGCUCUGCCUGCUUCGCCUGGUACCUCAGGUUAUUACAGUGCACCUAGCCCAAGUGAAUAUACAGGUUUCAGAGGUGAACCAGGAAGACCAGGAGAGUCAGGUUCUCGAGGAGAACCAGGGAGGACUCCAGGACGUCGAGGAGACCCUGGAUCACGAGGGGAACCGGGAAGGCAGGGCUACUACGGAGUUAGGGGAAGUCCUGGAGACGAUGGAGUGGCAGGUCUUCCAGGGGAAACAGGAACAAGGGGAGCUCCUGGAAGACCAGGUGAUGCUGGAGGAAGAGGCGAAGCAGGAGCUCCUGGACUACCAGGUAAUGCUGGAAGACCAGGUGAUGCUGGAGGAAGAGGUGAACCAGGAGCUCCUGGACUACCAGGUGAUGCUGGAGGAAGAGGCGAACCAGGAGCUCCUGGACUACCAGGUAAUGCUGGGAGACCAGGUGCUGCUGGAGGAAGAGGCAGGCAAGGAGCUCGUGGAGUACCAGGUGAUGCUGGAAGAAGAGGCGAACCAGGAGCUCCUGGACUACCAGGUUACUCCGGACACCAAGGGGUUCCAGGGCCAAGAGGCGCUCCUGGUCCAGCAGGCUAGAGGGGGCGAUAAAGUUCUUGGUUUUGUCACAGAGUCUGGGGGGCCCUUGUCCAAGGAUGACCCAAAGGAAUAACCAAGUGUCAAUGGCAUAAGAAUAACCAAGUGUUAAUGACAUAAGAUGCCUGUUGUGGACCUCUAGAAUCGCCCAAAUUAACUGAUAUGAAGUGUGUUGAUAGUAGUACACUUCAAGAAGCAGAAUCUAUUCUGGUAAUCCAAGAGAUUUUUGUUCUCAGAGGCUCCUGAAGAAGAUAUAAAUCCACAAAAGAAGAGAAACAUUGAUACUUAAACAUGUGAUCCCACAGUGUAUCAAGAGAUCUUUGAUGGUAAAGAGUGAUUUUAACCCCCAAGUGUGGAUGAACUAUAAGUGAACCGCAUUUGCAUGAACUCUAGGUAGCAUAAUUACUAUCAUUUUGUUCGAAAAAGUGUUAAUAAUGAUGAAAAAUCUGAACAAAUAUGGUCCUUCUUUCAAAACAAGUAUGCCUGCAGGAUAUGCCUAAGUUAUAAACGCACCUUAAAUGUAAAUAGCUAAUGCAUCUCCAGCACUUUAGCUUGUACAAAAAACCUAAUCUCUUUUCAUUUUAAGUUUAUGAUAAUUUAACCCAGGUUAAGAAUACAUAAAUUAUUUUGU